AUGGUUCAUAAGAAGUCUGUAGGUCGUAAGAAUGUAUCUGCUGAUGAAGAAGCAGUUGCACAAUCUGCAGCAGCAACAGCUGCAGCAGCAGAAGCAGAAAAAGAUAAUAAUAUAAAUAAUAUAUCUUCUUCUUCAUCAGAUAGUGGUACAGAUGAUGAAGAAGAACAUAAAAAUAAAGAAGAAAUACAAAAAGAAGAAGAACAACAAGUUGAAUUCUCCCCAUCUAAAUAUCGUCAAUCAAGGAACGAAAGAAAAGCAAGGAAAGCUGUACUUAAAUUAGGACUUAAACAAGUUCCUGAUGUAGUUAGGGUUAUUCUUAGGAAAUCUAAACAGGCAUGGUAUAUUAUAUCUAAACCUGAUGUAUUCAAGAGUCUUACCUCGGAUACUUAUAUCAUAUUUGGUCAAGCAGAGAAAGCAGCACAAAGAUUUACACAAGACAUGAUGGGUAGUUUAUCUACAUCUGCUGGUGGUCGUGAUGACCUAGGGGUAACAGGAGGAGGAGGAGGAGGAGGAGAAGGAGGAGAAGAAGGAGAAGGAGGAGGAGAAGGAGGAGGAGAAGAAGAAGAAGAAGAGGCAGAAGGAUUAGAUAAAAAAGAUAUAGAUCUAAUUGUACAGCAAAUUAAAUGUACAAGAAAAGAGGCAAUAGAUGCAUUAAGAAAGAAUGGUAAUGAUAUAGUAGAGGCUAUACUACAAUUAACAUCAUAA